GAAAACAAAUAAAUAAAUAAAUAAAAUAAAAAUCUAGAAGAGUCAAAUAAAAAUCUUAUCUUCAUCACUAUAGCUAGCUGCCUACCCAGUGAAAGAGGGAGGAGAGGGACUUGAAAAAUGGUUGCUCAAUCUUCAUCUUUAUCAUUAGAAGAGAAGCAAAAAAGUGUUGUAUCAAACUGUAUAAUUUCACUACCCUUGUUCUCAACUCCAACUCCGUCGUCAUUUAUUCAUAAAGCAAAAUCAAAUGUAGAGUUACAGUUGGCAUCUUCAAAUGCCUUCCUUCAUCAUCUUCGCCACAAAUGCCUCAACUUCCUGCAUUCCUUUGUUCAUCCCCAUUUCAACAAAAUACUCCUCUCUUUUCCUUCUCAUUUCCGGAAUUUCUAUCAGGUACAGUGCAGACCUUACCAGAACUUAGGUAAUCUGUCCCAUCACAAUUUUGCAGCUGUCUUGCCUGGCGACUCAGUUCCAGGAAUUGUUGUUGCAAAUGGAGUUAUAAAUUUCUUGAACAUCUACAAUUCAUUACUGGUUGUCAGGCUUGUUUUAACCUGGUUCCCAAAUGCUCCUCCUGCCAUUGUCAGUCCCCUCAGCACUCUAUGUGACCCGUACUUGAACAUAUUCCGUGGGAUUAUUCCACCACUUGGAGGGACUCUGGAUCUUUCGCCCAUAUUGGCAUUUCUUGUUUUGAAUGCCUUCACCAGCACUGCAUCUGCACUUCCUGCUGAACUUCCGUCCACAACUGUGAGAGCAUCAUCAGAUACUUCACCUCGUCCACCAUUAUUUCAUCUUACUACAUCGCAGAAAAAAUGGAUGAGGAGACUUGCUGGAAACAAGGCAAAGACUGCUGAUGGUGAAAGUUGAGCCAGUUUCUGCUCAUCAUUGAUGUAUUCACCAAAUGCUCAAGUGUAAGCCAUUCUCUGUUGACACUACUGUUUGACAUAUAAAUGAACCGCUUUUGUACUACAAAUUGAAUUUAUUUUUUUUCGUGUAAACCUGAAAGCUUUUCAUCACUCUAUCAUGUAAAGAAUUUCAUCAGUUCAGUAGCGCUUCUAUAUCUAAAAGAAGGAUAUACUAAUAAGUAAUAAUCUUUGACUCUUC